AUGGUAAGCACGCGACACGGCAACUAUGACUUGCCGGAAGGAUCCCGCAUCGAAGCCCGUUGGAGGACAAGCCCGCGACGACGGACCCCCCGACGGCGUUCCAGUAGGUCGACGAGUACGCGGACGCCGUCUCACUCCGUAGAGACGGACGUGCCUUUGAAGACGAAGUCUAGUCGCAAGACAUCAGCCGCUCGAAGAAAGUCAGCUGGGGAGCGUAGCGACACUACCCUUUCAAGGAGAGACCAGUCAGCGGAGAGUUCGCCAGUAGCUGUGCAGGAGCCACACGGAGGACUCGCAGGUACUCCGUCCGACACGCCCGUGCGACCCGAGCACGAAACCCCGGUGCGAAGGCUAAGUGUGACGGUUGAGGCCGGCUACGAACUUGCUCCUGGUCAGAAGCGUGCAACAGCGAGCUUUUCGAACGAGAAUGGCCCACUCACGCGGUCUCAGGUGCGCAGAGCUGCUGCCCUUGCUUGCCGAGCGACGGAGCAGACGCCUCGAUCAACGGUUUCCACAAGUGCACAACGCCAGUCUAGCGAUCAUAUAGCGACAUAUGUCCAGAGUUCAUCGAAUCAAGGUGCGCUCGAGUCGGAGUCUCCGGGCAGGGGCUCACAGCAGCGAGCGCCACGCGGGCGCUCGAGCGUGCCCAGCGCCACAGCGUCCGUGCACUUGCCGUCCGGAAUGGAGUCGUUGCCGCGGGAGCGUCAUCAUCAGGAGGAGGCAUCGCCUCAGCGGAGCGUCUCCUCAUCGGACGAACAUUCUCACUUGUAUGCAGUGCGCGAGGCGCAUGACCAGACCACGACCGGGACGGGUGUUGUCCAUGGACGCCAGACAGGCAGACGCUCGCAUCCCGUACAGAGGCGAACAGGAACAGCUCAUGUUAUGAAUCGGGACAGUGUGCCUGGUAAAAAAGGCACCACAAGAGCUGUACAGCGAGCGACGAAACCGAAACAGCACGACGGUGGCGUACGGAAGCAAUCCAGCAGGGCAGUGGCCGUCGAAACCCGGGCCAUCGCGCGAGCCCUGAGCUCGAUGGAGGCACAGGAGCUUUGCGCAAAUUCACGGGAAGACUUGACGCUUGGAGCUAUGCUCAGGAUUCGAGGUGCGCACGGGUGGCUCGGACGACUCCAGAUGUCAUUGUCGAGAUGGUGGCGUCUCUGGCGCGGGAGCAGCAGAUCCCCUGCCGCGUCGACUAGUCUUGAACAUGGAUCUCCCAAUGGCUUGCAGUCCUCGAGAACAGAUUCACGAGAACAUCGUGGACGCUAUUCGAGUGCAUCAUCAGAUGGAGAUGCGUCUAAUGGGACGGUGCAGCGUACGCGCAUGGUCGGCGAAACAGCGACUGUAUCCGCUUCGGCAGACUCGGCCCGUGAGUGCGAGGAUGCUUCAAAACACACGCCGCACAAGCAAGAGACGCAGCUCGAAUAUGCGAACGACUCGAAAGCGUUGCCUCUGAAGGAUGGAGUCGUCCAGAGGCAAGAUAGCCUCCUGAUGGACACUGGAGAUCCCACUCGCUCCGAAAGUGACCAGUACGCCAGUGAAGCGCAGCAUUCCCGGGAUUCCGUGCUCUCGGGCACGACGCAACAGGUUCCGGAUGCGUCAUCUCGCGCAACCUCGACCGCACUGGCACGCGAUGUUGCGGAUUCGCUGGCUCCCGCGAUCGCCUGUUCUUCAGGGCCAGUGCCGACAGCGCGUUUGCCAGAGCAGCGGACGGCUGUAUCGCAGCCGCACGAGAGUCUAGCCCCGACCCAGCUCUUGACGAACCUGGAUAGCACCUCACGACAUGAACGCGCCGCAGCCACCACCGCGACCCACACCGAAUCCCCUACGACACGGGUUUACGGAGCGCAACCCGCGAACGAUUCGCGAGCACCAGAGCGUAGCACCCGGCAGGCAUCGCUCGUGACCAGCUACGAUGUCAUUCGGACGUUCAGGCAGCGAACAGAGACGCGAUCGAUGGGCGUUGCGAUUCAGGCAUCAAAAGGGGGAUCUCCUGCGCAGGAGCAGUCGCUCAUCCGAAAUUUGGCCGACCUGCCGCCAGCACCAAAGAUACGGCCGUCUGCAUUGGGGAUCGUGCCGCAUCGGCGUAUUAUGGAUGCCCCUGCCGCGACACCGACCAGCACCAUGUACUCGGUACGUCCAAGCGGUUCCGAUUUCCGCCGCCUGUCGCCAUGGACACCGACCGAGUCGGAUUUCGUCGCUGGUGCGUCGCGACUAGAGGCACGUUUCACACAGCAUAGCACCGAACGCCUGUCGUCGUCGAUGCUGGACACCUACAGAGCUCGAUCGUCGUCGUUGCACGCUUCACUCGAGAGGCAGCACUACAGUACGCUUUGCGCGCAUCCAGAGAGCUACCAGCAGGAGCACCUGGAUCCUAGGUUAUCGACGAGCCUUCUUGGACGCGAAUUAGAGCGGUCAGGAAUGAGCGCUAUCGACGACAGAAGUGAUGGCUGGUUGCGAAAUAGAGCAGACGUCCGUCACGUGAAGUUGCCUGCGGUACCGCUCACGACACUUCCGCUGCGAGACGUCCCGCAUGGGCGAACGCGAACAAGCAAUGCGACAUCCGCGAAGCGAACCAGCCCCAUUGGCGUGUUCGAGCAGAGCGCUGGCGCGCUACCGUCUGGAUCCCUGGGCAGCGGAUCAGUGCCAUCCCAGGCGCACAGCGUGCAGAACCGCAGUUUAGAUGCCGUCUGGACGUUCGAUGGAUCGCCUGCACUGCGGAUGAGUGCGGCGAAACGGCGCCGAUCAGACGCUAACCUUAUCGUGACGGGUACGCGUUCCGAUAGGCAUCAAAAUGGGCGCGAUGGUCAGCGAGCCCGAGCAGACAUCCGCAAAGAUGGUGAUGGCGCUGGAGCUCCAACGAGCCGCCUAUAUCAACUCAUCGAAUCGCUGAAGAGGAUUCGCGAUCAGCCGGAGCGGGAGCGCGACACUUGCAUAACACCUGGGAAGCGAACACCCGCAGCAGCAACCGCUGCAUCCGACGUGACUAGCAAUCGCGGUUUCACCAUAGACCAUAGUACUGAGCUGGACGUCGCAUUGGACCGUGCUGCGCAAACAGUGGCGGCUCGGAAUAAGCGCCGUACGCUUUCGAUGGAUGUUUCCGCUGAUGACGCGAACAUCUCGUCGUCUCUCACUGCCGAACAAGACAUGCAUUUGCGAACACCACCGCUGAAGGCCGAUCAGCAUGCAAGUGCUGCUGCAGUGGACCUCGCCGCCACUGGUACGCAUGACACCACAGCGCCAACUACGCGGGAUGCUGGUGCUGUUUCAUUGCCACCUACAGGAGAUGCUGAGCAGCAGGCCAGGUCAAAAUCUGCGACCGUAUUUGGUGCUGCGGCUGGUGGUGCCAGGGACAUGCAACUCGAAGCCAUGCGGCGAAUAGUCCCGUCAAAACUCGGCGAUGAUGAACUCCAAGUGCAACGAACGGUGUCGCUACCAGAGCAUGGAGAGCACGCGCAACAAGCGUCACCAGAAGCCCAGCUCCAUGCCGACGCUGCAGAGACAACGUUGUCGAAGGGUUCCAGUCCCGACGCACCGACAUUGCCGACGCUGCCACCGCGCAUGCGCCCUCUCGAGAUCGCGUUGCCGCGUAUUCCGGAACCUUGGCGACCGCCAUCACUGUCCACAGCCGGCUCUACUCAAAGAACCGGGUACGUGCCUGUUGAUACGACUGUGCAGCCUUCGACGGUGCCGGUGUCGAGCGAAUCAGCGUCGCGACAGGAAUCUACAGACUCCUCCGUACACAUAGCACCACCGAAUGCGGCAGCGCCUGCUCCAACAGCAUCAGGGUCAUUGGACGUUGCGCCGUCGUCGUCGGAAAUCGCAAAGACAUCGCUCGCGGGAUUUGUGCAGACAGAACUGCCGCACGAACACGAUGAGAUCGCGCAGUGCUCCGGCGCACCAGCAGACCCGAAGCCGAAUACGCUGGCGUCAGCGUCGCCCGAUGACGUACCACGGAUGCACGCUCCGCCUGGCAGUACUGGGCAAGAGCAGCAGGAAUCAGCCUCUGAGAUGGCGAUGCCGCAAAAGGCGGCGUACGAAACCAAAUCCGCGGCUGAGACAUCGGCAGCGCCCGUCAGCGACGGAACCGCAUCCCGGAAGCCGAAUUCCACAGAAACGCAGUCCAUACAAACCGUUGACACAGCUGGUGCCGCGCUUGGGGAAUCACCCCAGAAGACGCCCCUGCAAUCGCAGGACACAAGUGGGGCAUCGCAACAGGUGCCCGCAACCGCGGCCCCUGCACCGAAGGCAUCUAUUUCACAGGGAGCAUUCGCGAUACCGGCUCCUGCGCGCACGUUUCACUUUGGUCCACCAGCGGCUGGCGCAACUGAUACCACGGUCGCCGCUUCUGCUAGCAACGCGCCGCCGAAACCACCCGCUUGGUUGUUCUCUGCACCGACAGCAAGUACCAAUUCGGAACCUUUCUGGUUUGGAUCGGCAUCUCAAGGCACGAACGGUACAUCAAUGUGGACGACCUCAUCGCUCAGUGCACCGAUGCAGACGCCGACUGUCUCGGCACCAGCGGUGUCGUCGUUGCAAUCACCGUGGCCCGCAUCGGGCGCUGCCGCACCGUUGCCAGCGUCCUUACCGUGGCCGUCGCUGGCUCCGAGUGACCCGGCGGCGAAUGGCGUGCCUCCGCCAGCGACACCGUUGCUGGGAGCGCCUGGAUUCGCACCAACGCAAGCCCUUGGCGAUGCGCACGCUCCUGGUACCAUGGCGCCGCGGCGCAUGCUUAAGGCACGUCGCACCCGCCUCCCGUAG